UGAUAUCGCAGUAGUACCAGGACACGUGUAAGUAAAACCGUAGUUCGUUGCCGAAACAAUGGCAAACGUCGCCUGGACUGGCGUUCAAAAUCGUCCUUCGCAGUCACCCCAUUGGGGACAACAGUACAACCAGGGUGUUAUGCCUCCGAUACCAGGCUCUGCAGGCUCACCCAAUGCAAGUUGGGAAAUUGCUCGGAAGGCCCUGGAGAAGCUAGGCGAUCAGCCGUUACCCGAUGCAGCGGGUAGCAUCUUAGGCAGCAGCAACAGUGGUAAGUCAAACGAGGCGACCAAAUCGGAUGCAGGGAAGACGAACAAGAGCCCCAAGAAACAGGCAGGAGACAAGCAACAGAAGAAAGAAGACGCAGGAACAGAUCAGCAGAAGCAACAGCUGCAAAUGCAACAGAUGCAGCAGAUGCAACAGAUGCAGAUGCAGUACGCAAACUACUACAGCAAUUAUCCCGGCAUGAACGCAUCUCCGUAUGGUUACGGGUAUGGCAUGCCCCCGCCAAUGGGCCAGUAUGGCAUGAUGCCAGGCUUUCAGCAGGGACAAGAUAUGUAUCAGCAGUACCAGCAAGGAAUGCAGGGUAACUUCCCCACCCACCCUCCGCCCCAGGGUCCGCCGUUCCCGCCGGGCGUCCCCCCGCCCAGCCAGCCCCCGCCCCAGAACCCCCCGCUACCCGCCACGCCCGCCGACGGUGUAGGUAAGACCACAGGUGAGGACAAACCAGGUAAAAACGGCAGCAACUCGCAGGGUGGUGCAGGGGCUCCCAGGGGUGGGGGCACCGGUGGGGGGAUGGGUCAAGCUGACCGGGGCGGUCCAGACAGGGGUUAUGGCUACCCAGGCCCCAUGAACAGGGACUCCCAAGUGGGGACUCCCAAGAGAGCUGCUGACGACUGGAACUCGCCACCUCUCAAGCAGCCCUCUGAUACAGGAGGUAUUAGGUUUAAUAUGCGUAAGAGACCAGGGUUCCCCACGGUAGGCAACAUGGACAGCAGCCCUAACAACACCCAACAGCAGCACCAGCAGCCACAGCAAAGAAAUCAGCAGUUUCAAAGGCAGCAGCAACAGCAGCAGUACUGGCAGAAGAACCAUCGGCAACAGCAACAGUUCCAUCAGCAGCAGAGACAACAGCAACAACAUCCGCAGCAGCAACAACAGCAGCAGCGGCAACAGCAGCAACAACGCCAGCAGGGCAGCAGACAGCAAGGUUACCAAGGGCCCCCAAUGCAGCCUGGCGCCCAGCCAUCUGUCGGGGCCAGUGAUAAAAGCAAGGAAGCAGAUAAACCAACUGCUCAGGCUCCAAGUACUCCAGCAUCGCACACUGAUUGGCCAGACAGCUUAAAGGAAUACGUACAGAGAGCUUUCAGUUGUUGCGAUUCCGAAAUUGACAAAGAUGCCAUUGAAGCCAAAUUAAAAGAAGUACUCACAGAAUCCUUCACCGACGGAUCAGCCUGGACUAAAGAUUGGGAUAAGCAGCCUCUACCGAAUGAACUAUUAUCAAGCCCAAAGAAAGCGUCCCGAUGGGGCAUGUCCGCAAACACCCCAAACCAACCCCCUCCGCCCCAGCGGACUCCGCCACAGAGCAUGCAGUCACGCCAGGGCCAAACGCCCAACUUCGACAGCCGGCACACGGCCACGCCGGUCAACUCGCGUACCGGACGUAGAAUCUAUGGAUUCGUGCGGGAACGCUCUCACAGUCGCUCCAGAUCGCGAUCCUGGAGUCGGUCCAGAAGUAGAAGUAGGAGCAGAAGUAGGUCACCUUACUCCCGGAGGUCAAGCAGAAGACGACGGUACAGCGGCGACAGCGAUUCGGACAGCAGACACAGCAGGGACCGCCGGGACGACUACAUCCCCCUCCGCGGAGACUGGAGGGAGAUGCAGCUAGAGAAGGCCCAGGAGAAAGGACGAGUGGGCAGGGGCAGGGGCAAAGGUCAGGAUAGGGGUCGCGGACGGGGCAAAGGUCGAGGUAGAGGUCGUGGUAAUGAGGCUAGCGAGUCCAACAAGGCUGACAAACAGAAGAAGGUUGGCAAAGGAAGAGGAAAGCAGCAAAACGUAAAAGUGUUUGAGUAUGAAGACCCACAGAAACAAAUGAGAAUGCAGAAACGAGCAGCACGCUUCCAAGACAUGCUUGGAGACUCAGCUUCCAAAAAGAAACAAAGAACUCAGAAACUCACGCUACAGAUUGACGGAUUCUUGCAAGGGAAUGAGGAGGAGGAUUCAGGCUGGUCCCUUGAACCGAUCGUUGGUACAAGCCAAGAAAUCACCAAGCAGUACUUGCGUCUUACCACGGCACCCGAGGCCUCCACAGUCCGUCCUGUCCCGGUCCUCAGAAAAUCCCUGGCCAUGGUCAAGGAACACUGGAGGACCAAGCGGGACUAUGUCGGUGUGUGUGAACAACUCAAGUCCAUCCGUCAAGAUCUCACAGUGCAGUGCAUAAGAGAUAAUUUCACUGUUGAGGUGUACGAGACCCACGCAAGAAUUGCUCUCGAAAAGGGUGACCGAGAGGAAUUCAACCAGUGUCAGACCCAGCUCAAGGCCCUCUAUGCUGAGGAGAAUAUCGAGGCCCAAAACAUGAAAGAGUUCACUGCGUAUCGCAUACUCUACUGCCUGCUCACCAAAAAUACACUCAGUCUUUCCACUGACUUGGCCAACCUUAAACAUGAAAUCCGUAAAGACCCCAUGGUCAAGCAUGCCCUGGCCCUGCGCUCGGCCUGGGACCUGUCCGAUUAUCAUACUUUUUUCAGGCUGUACCGUUGUGCGCCGGGCAUGGCCGCCUUCUUGAUAGACAUGUUUGUGGAACGGGAGAGAAAAAGUGCCUUGGCCACCAUUAUCAAAUCAUUCCGGCCCAAUCUGGACGUAGCGUUCGUUGAGCGUGAGCUGGGUUUUGAGAGUCCCGAAGCAUGCCUUGAGUUCUUGAAAAGCUGCGGGGCAACGCUGACGGCAGAUGACGCUAAGUUGGACUGCAAGACGAGCAUGGCUAUCUUGUCUUCUCUCUAGGGAGGGUGGUGGGUGGUGCCAUUUUCCCUUUUUUUCGGGAUUCGACCCUGCCUUUUUAGUCCAGUUGUAGUUAAAUCUAGUUUUGGUCGGAGUUUCGGAUGGACCAUCCCUCCACACCACGAGUAUCAGAUUCGUCCAGCCUUCGAGAUCCAGGCGUCUUAAAUGUAGUGUUGAUUGGCGCUUCAAAUGGAUCAUCCCUUUACACAAUGACAAUUACAGCCAGCCUCCAAAUGAUCCUUAAUCCACCUAGUUCAUCCCAAAGUCUACUCAAGUUGGUCCUCAGCACGUCUACCUUCUAUGCGAUGUAAGGAAGCUCAGAUUCUCAACCGAACACUACACUCCUAUGUUCCUGUCCAUGCUAGAUCCAGGUGUCUGAAAUGUAGUUUUGAUUGGAGCUCCAAGUGGAUCAAACCUUUUACACAAUGACAAUUACAACCAGCCUCCAAAUGAUCCUUAAUCCACCUCGUUCAUCCCAAAGUCUACUCAAGUCUGUCCUCAGCAAGUCUACCCUCUAUGUGACAUAAGGAAGCCCAGAUUCUCAACCUAACACUAUACACCUAUGUUCCUGUCCAAGCUAGAGCCAGGUGUCUGAAAUGUAGUUUUGAUUGGAGCUUCGAAUGGAUCAUCCCUUUUACACAAUGACAAUUACAACCAGCCUCCAAGUGAUCCUUAAUCCACCCAGUUCAUUCCAAAGUCUACUCAAGUCGGUCCUCAGCAAGUCUACCCUCUAUGUGACAUAAGGAAGCCCAGAUUCUCAACCGAACACUAUACACCUAUGUUCCUGUCUGAGCUAUACUGGAUAUCGAAUCAAAGUGCCCCAGAUGUCGCCACUUUUGGAUGUGGUCGUCUUCAGCUCCACAUCUCAGCAGCAUAUCCCCACUAACUCGAUCAUGUCGCAUCAUUUAAGCAUCGCGUCCAGGCUUGUAUUUUUCCUGGUUUUAUGAAAGUGUACCUCGAGUCAUAUAUUUGCGUGUCGCUGAUUCAGUGUUCCAAGAUAGCCACAUAGUUGUCUCGCCGCUACAGUAUCAUGUGCCAGUGCAACCAGUAAUAUCUACAGCUACAACCGAACUGUUGUCAGUCUCCAGAAAUCUAUGGAUUUGAAGCUGUAGUUGAAGUUUUGAAGUCACAUCCAGAGAAAGGUGAAGUUAUCAGGAGUCUUGUAACAACCACCAUGCAGAUUUUCCUAAGUUGAUGUAACCAAAGUUGAAGGUCUUCUAAAAUCAAACCGUCUGGUAGUAAUCAGAGUUAAUCCUAAUUGGCAAACAUUUUCAAGUCCGAAAAAUGAGCCUGAUCUCCAAAAAAAAAUGACUGUGAACUAAGCAAUAUUUCAAUGUCUUCUGAUGUCUGAGUGCUUCUCCGCCAGCUGAAACCUUGAUGUUCAACCAUUUCUUCCAGCGUUGGAUUCACUCUACCCUUCCCCCCCAGCCCACUCACCCACCCUCCAAGCAAAUUUUGUGGACUGUUCUUUCCCAAGUCCCUGCAAGUUGGAGUUUAAUAUUUUGACAACCUUUCUGAGUCUUUUUACAGGAUGAUCGACAUCACAAGAGCUGUUAACUUUUUUACAUUUCAUUAUGAUCUGUUUCACAGGUAUAAAUGGCAAACAUUCCAAAGACUUGUUGUUCGGUCAUUUUUAUCUGUCUUCCAAAUCUUCCAAUUUUUUUUUUUUUUUUUUUUUUUUUUUUAACUGUUGCCCUUUCUGAUACAAACUAAUAUGCUGUGACAUGCUUUCCAUUUUGUGUUGUGACCACUGAAUUUAUAUUCAUGUAUUCAUUGCUACAAGGUAAAGAUUAUAUUAUAUUGAAGAGCAUGACUUUCCCAUGUUUGUCAAGUUGCAAUAACCAUUCGGAAGGUGCUGAUUUGUAUCUUGUAAAUGUCUCGUGUGAACUUGUAAGCCUUUUAGGUAUUUAUGUUUGUUUCUAGGUGAUGGAAACGGACACCAUUUAGAAAAUUCAUCAAUUUAACAAAAAUGUUAACACCUGUUGCUACCUGUUACUCAUGUUCAUCUUCUCGUUUACUUGAGUGUGCACGGUGUUUGUCAAAUGAUAUCACAGUUGCAGCUCAGUCAUUUCAUAUUGUAUAUUCACUACAUGUAUUUGGUUUCAAAGAA